UUCGGCCGCUCGCCCGCCCGCGCCCCCGCCCCGCCCCGCGCGCCCGGCCCGGCCCCGGCACCAUGAGCGACCAAGAGAGCACCGAGGAGAUGUCGGCUGUGAAGCCCGACAAGGGCGAAGGCGACGCCAGCAGCACGAGCAGCGCCGGCGGUGGGGAGGCGCAGGAGUCACAGCCGUCCCCGCUGGCCCUGCUGGCAGCCACCUGCAGCCGCAUGGAGUCUCCCAAUGAGAACUCCAACAGCUCCCAGGGCCAGCAGGGCGGGAGCGGCGAGCUGGACCUGAACGCGGCCGCCGCCCAGCUCACCCAGUCGGCCAACGGCUGGCAGAUCAUCUCGGCAGGCUCCAGCACCCCCACGGGCUCCAAGGAGCCGGGCAGCAACGGCAGCAACGGCGGCGACGCCUCCAAGAGCCGCCCGGUCAGCACCGGGCCCUACGUGGUCACCUCGGCGUCCGGCCUGCAGAACCAGCAGGUGCUCACGGGCCUGCCGGGCGUCAUCCCCAACAUCCAGUACCAGGUGAUCCCCCAGUUCCAGACCAUCGACGGGCAGCAGCUGCAGUUUGCCACCACCCCAGCGCAGGUGAACGUGCAGCAGGAUGCCUCGGGGCAGCUGCAGAUCAUCCCCGGCUCCAACCAGCAGAUCAUCACGAGCCGUGCGGGCGGCAGCAACCUCAUCGCCAUGCCCAACCUGCUGCAGCAGGCCGUGCCCAUCCAGGGCGUGGGGCUGGCCAACAACAGCCUCUCCGGGCAGACCCAGUACGUGGCCAACGUGCCCGUGGCCCUGAACGGCAACAUCACCCUGCUGCCGGUCAACAGCGUGGCCGCCAGCCUGGCCCCCACGUCCCAGACGGGCACCCUCAGCAGCUCGGGCUCGCCGGACAGCAGCUCCCAGCCGGCCACCUCGGGGGCUGCCAGCAGCUCGGGCAGCACGGCCACGUCCCAGGCCAGCUCAGGCGCCUUCUUCACCAACGCCAACAGUUACUCCACCACCACCACCACCAGUAACGUGGGCGUCAUGAAUUUCUCCACCAGCGCCACGGUGGGCACCAACGUGCAGGCGCAGACCCCCCAGAGGGCCAGCAGUGUCCCCAGCUCGGACUCUCUGCAGACCCCGGUGUCCGGGGUGGCCCUGCAGCCGGGGCAGCAGAAGGAGGGGGAUCAGAGUCAGCAGUCCCAGCAGCAGCAGCAGAUCCUGAUCCAGCCACAGCUGGUCCAAGGAGGGCAGACAAUCCAAGCCCUCCAGACCACCCCGCUGUCUGGCCAGACCUUUGCCACUCAAGCCAUCUCCCAAGACACCUUGCAGAACCUGCAGCUCCAGGCCGUGCCCAACUCCGGCCCCAUCAUCAUCCGCACGCCCACGGUGGGUCCCAACGGGCAGGUGAGCUGGCAGACCAUCCAGCUGCAGAACCUGCAGGUGCAGAACCCCCAGGCGCAGACAAUCACGCUGGCCCCCAUGCAGGGAGUGUCGCUGGGCCAGACGGGCAGCACCAGCACCACGCUGACCCCCAUCGCCUCCCUGCCCAGCGGCACCGUCACCGUCAACGCCGCCCAGCUCUCCUCCGUGCCGGGCCUCCAGACUAUUAACCUCAGUGCCUUGGGAGCGUCCGGGAUCCAGGUGCACCAGCUGCAGGGGCUGCCCCUGGCCAUCGCCAACGCCCCCGCUCAGCAGCUCUCAGCCCUUGAUCCGCCGUGGAGAAUUCCCCAUGAGCGCAGCCGCAGCAGCAGCGGGGCCUCCUGGCUCUGUCCCCAGCCCCGAGGAUGUGAUGCUGGCACUGUCACUGUGGCACGGGGACAUUUUAAAAGAAAAGCCAGAGCAGGGUUCGGAGCGUUUUUUGGGGGAGCCCCAGCUCUGUGGGAUGGGCUGGGAGGCUCCUGGGAUGAAAGGGGGGAAGCUGUGGCCAGCACAGAGCUUCCUGGCGCCGAUCCAGGGGCAGGGUUUGACUCCAGGCCGGAGGAGUUUUUCUCUGGCCGUGUCCUUCAGACGUGGCAAUGGGUCCCUUUGUCCCCCCAGCCACCGCCAGCCCCUCUCCAAGGGGUGUUGGGCCCCCCCCAGACCUGCGUCCCUCCGGAUCCGAGCUCUCCGAUGGGAAUUUGAGGGAGGGGUUUGUUCCCAACGCUUCCCAAAUCCCAGAGCGUUUUCCAAGCCUCCACGUGUGCUGGAAGUUUCUGCUCCAGGCAAGCAGUUGGGAAGGGUUUUUGGAGCAGGAAAAGCUCCUGUGCUUCCGGGGGGAGGCAGAUGGAAAAUGAACCCUGGCUGGGGAGGAGACUGUGGCUGGUUUUCCUUGGAUGCUGCUGCGUGUUCCGGGCUGCUGGGGAAGGAGGAGGUGCCCAGCCAGGGGUGUGGUAGCCCCAGCUGCCACCGGGGCUGGCAGCACUGCGUGUCCUGCCCCUUCCAGAGCUCAGCUCGGCCUCCUGGGCGGUUCUGUGUCCCCUCCUGAACCCCAUGCAUGGGGGGCUGUGGCUCCCAGCCCCUCGGGUCUGUCGCCAAUGAGGUUUUCUCCUGUUUUUUUGACAGGGGAAAAAUCCCUCAGGGAGAAAACAACACCUGAAAAGGUCGUUAAAACUCGGAUUUUUUUGCUCCCGGGUGGGAUGCAGAGCCCAGCUCUGUGCAGGUCUGACUCGGGGUCUGUGUUAAUAGGGUGGCUCAAAGGCUUCCUGGCCAGGCUGGGAAGGAGCAGAGGCAGGGGCGGGUCUGUGGCCACCAGGGGUGGCAUGUGGGCAAACAGGCCCUUCCACUGGCUCUGCCCCUGGGGAGGGCACCCCCAGAGCCAGGGAGGGGGGAUUUCCUCAGCUGGCAGGGCCCAAAAACUCCCGGGGCUGCUGCCAGUGCUGCCCACAUGGGCGGGCACCAGGUGAGGCAGGGACGGGGUCUGGGGCUCAGGUGGGGGCUGUGACACCUCAGUGGGGUCUGAGAGCCACCUCAGUGUCACCCCAGCCCGCCCAGGGAGGGGACAUCCUGUGUGAGGGGGAUGAUGGUGGGGAUUUUGUGACAUCGGGGUUUCUCUUCCUCUUUUGCCGUAGGGAGGAGGAGAGGGGCUGUUCUGAGCUCGGUGUCUUUAUAGUGGCUCUGUCCCCAUGUCCUUGUCCCUGGCAGAGCCACGUCCCUGUCCCAGCCCUACCUGGCUGAGGAAUGUGCUGGGUAAACAGGUGACCACCAGAGAGGUCAGCACUGCAAUUAAACCCCCUUGUUUUGGGGGCACUCAAGGGUUAUCCCUUGUUUUGGGAUGUUUGAUUCCACGGCUGGAUGGAGCUGUUGGGUGGCAUUGGGAUUUUCUGGGCAGCACGAGCUCCCUUCCAGCUCCUUGGAUGGAGGAUGUGGGGGAAUCGAGCAGUGGGACGUCCCUGGUGGGUGCAGGAGCCCUUGGCAAUGUGUGCCACAAACCCGUCCCUGCUCCCUCUUCGUCCUCCCAGGGCCCUUCCCGGAGCCAGGCCGGUGGCACAAAGCCCUGAUUGUGUCCUGUUUGCUGGUUUUUAAGGGCAGCUUUGUAGCAGGGCCUGGAUGAGGCAUCCACAUGGCCUCGAGUGUGGCGGGGAGGGGAGAAGGGAACCGAGCCCCGGCCGGCCGGACGGGCGGCCCUUGUUUGUCUCACGGCAGCCGUGACAUCACAAACCAGGGAAUUGUGAAACUUCCUGCUCUGAAUCCCAGCCAGGCUGGACUUCACAUCCCCUCUGGAUUCCUGGGCUGACCUCUGUCUGUGUCGUUCCCUGGGCACUGACACGAACCCCCCCGAGAGCCCAGGGUUCGCUUGGGAAGAAGGGCAGCGAUCCCGGCAGAGCCUGUGUCGUGGCAGCUCUGUCCGGG